UUCAUUACAGCCAAUGCUGGUGACGUAUCUGCUUUGUUGGCAGAAAGCUUUAUGCUCUCUUCUUUCAUGAACACCGAGAAACGGCUUGUUCUCCUUCCUGAUCAUCAAAAUGUUACAUUCGUAACCAAAAGCUUGUUUUACCUUUCACAAUCACUGGAAUAUAACUCGAAAAAAUGGAAUCUCGAAAGAAAAUCAAGGCACUGAAAAGGUACGUGUUCUUCAUCAUUGUAAUCUCUCUGCUGAAUGCAGCAUCUUCUGUUACUCAUUAUUCUAUACCUGAAGAAUUGGAUGAGGGAUCUAUAGUGGCUAAUUUGGCAACGGAUCUGGGAUUAGAUGUUGGAACACUGAGCAGACGUAAGAUUCGUCUCGACACUCUCGCAAAUAAAAAAUAUCUGGAUAUUAACAAAGAAACAGGAGAGCUGUUCAUUGUGGAGAGAAUCGACCGCGAGUACAUCUGCAACACUAAGGCAGCAGCGACAUGUGUACUUAAACUGGAUGCGACGAUCGAAAACCCUGUACGAAUGUUUAAUAUUGAGCUAGAAAUUGUUGAUAUUAACGACAAUGCUCCACACUUUAGAAGGGACACAAUGCAUUUAGACAUUUCAGAGUCAACGCCUGUGGGAGAACGGUUCUCUUUGAACAAUGCGGUGGAUCCUGAUAUCGGUGUUAAUUCAAUUAAAACAUACUAUCUCAGUGAAAGCGAUCAUUUUUCGAUCGAGAUUCAGACCGGACGGGAUGGAUCGAAAUUCACUGAUUUGAUUCUUAAAAAAGCGUUGGAUAGAGAAGAACAAGCUUCACAUAAUCUGAUCCUCACUGCUGUGGAUGGAGGAGUCCCCGCGCGCUCUGGCACGGCUAGCAUUAUUGUGCGCGUUCUGGACACGAAUGACAACGCCCCUCAAUUCGAUAAAGACAGUUACACUAUAAAUCUAACAGAAAACUUUCCUAUUGGAAGCCUUGUAGUGAAAUUAAACGCCACAGAUAAAGACGAGGGCUCGAAUUCAGAUUUACUUUACUCUUAUAGUUUGUACACAUCAGAGAAAACGCAGCAGACAUUCAGUCUGAAUCCUAACAAUGGUGAAAUCAGAGUGAAAGAAAUGAUUAAUUAUGAGGAUUUCAGGAUCUAUGAUAUGGAAAUUAUAGCAACAGAUAAAGCAGCUAAUAGUCUUUCUGGAAAGUGCAAAGUAAAGAUUUUAAUCACAGAUAUGAAUGACAAUCAUCCUGAAAUUUCCAUAAAAUCAUUCUCAAGUCCAGUUAAAGAAGAUGUACCUGUAAAUACAGUAAUUGCAGUUGUUAGUGUGAGUGAUAAAGACUCAGGAGAAAAUGGACAGGUAGAUAUUCAUAUUUCUGAUGAUUUACCUUUUGCGCUCAAAGAAUCGUCUGAAAAUUAUUAUGAAUUAUUAGUUUCAGAACCGUUAGACCGUGAAAAGGUUCCAGAAUAUGACAUCACUAUUACCGUGACUGACAGGGGCAACCCGCCGUUAUCUGAUAAUGAAACUAUAACUUUAGAGCUUCUGGACGUUAAUGACAAUGUUCCUCAGUUCCCACAGACAUUCUACACGAUACCUGUUAUGGAGAAUAACGCGCUUGGAGCUUCACUGAGCUCUUUAACUGCUAUAGACCCAGAUCUCCACGAAAAUCAGUAUCUAGUUUAUUUUAUAAUAGAGAAGGAAAUAGCGAACACCUCCAUGUCCAUGCUGUUCUCCAUUAACCCAGAGAACGGCAAUCUUUACGCGCUAAAGACGUUUGACUAUGAGAUAGAGAAGGAGUUUCUUUUCCACAUCGAGGCCAGAGACUCUGGUGUUCCUCCGCUCAGCAGUAACGUGACCGUUCACAUUAUUAUCAUGGAUCAGAACGACAACACACCGCUUAUAGUGUCUCCGUGGCGCGCGCACGGCUCGGAGGUGAAGGAAAAGAUCCCGAGAUCCACCGAUAAAGGAACUCUGAUAGCCAAAGUCAUCGCCAUAGACUCUGAUUCAGUGCACAACUCUCGAAUCACGUACCAGUUCCUCCAGAACACCGACGCCACAUUAUUCAGCUUGGAUCAAUACAACGGAGAGAUCCGGACCAUGAGAAUGUUCAGUUACAGAGACUCGCGAGACCAGCGGCUGGUGGUGAUCGCCAAGGACAACGGAGAGCCCGCGCUCUCUGCUACAGUCACCAUCAAACUGUCCACGGUAGAGACUGCCCUUAAAACCUACACUGAGGUGCCUUUGGAAUAUGACAUCUUCUCCGAUUUGAACCUGUAUCUGGUGAUCGGACUGGGCUCUGUGUCAUUUCUUUUACUCAUCACUAUACUGGUCACCAUCGUGCUGAAGUGUCAGAAAGCGAAGCCCAGCAAAGCGGCUCCUCCGUGCAGGAACAGUGUGAUCAGCGAGAGGAACUCGACCAUCGCGGAUUCCACUCUGGUCUCCAACGAUGCCUACUGGUACAGUUUAUUUCUAGCAGAGACGAGGAAAGGAAAGCUGGUGGUCAGACAGCCUGUGCCAAAGGGAGCGAGAUACAUCGUGUCCAGUAUACCGAGGAGCACAGGACUGACCGAGACCAGCGACUCAGCUGCAUCUACUCUACAGGUAAGCAAUGGCACAUAG